AUCCAAGUCAAGAUCAUGCUCGCUCAUGUGUGUAACGUGCGCUUCUUUCACGGGGGAGGCCACAAUUGCACCAAGGCUGGCCUCUCGGCAGAAACUCCUAGUAUCGAUGAACGUGUUCUGAUCAUCGCGAAGCAUGAGGCAUGAUCGACCCCUGUUUGUUGAUGAUUUCUGUCGAUACUUGUUAGCGAUUGUUACAUUGCUUCACAGGUGAUGUUAGAUAUUUACUCCUCCGAUCUUCUGCCUGUCCUGCUGUGGCGAAUCCCGUGAUGAUGUUGUCGAUGGGAAGCAAAUGGUGGCGGUUGGCUCACGAUACAGUUGAUUGUGAGGGUCGAAAGUGAAGGAUGACCGUAGUAGGAUUGAUGAAGAGACAGAUAGAAAGGAUGAGAGAGAGAAGACGAAAAGUUUCUGUGACACUUUGUUUGCUCUUUCCGAGCGUCUCCAUCUCCUUUUCUGCCCCCUUCUUUUUCACUGCCACACUACCACACCGUCGCCUGCUGUCUUCUCGAUCGCCCUCACUCUGCCUAGUGACCAGCCAAACUCCCGUUGCAACACAACUUUCUUUCCGCGAACUCCUUCAUCACCACUCACAACUCCCAGCACCACUACCAACCAACCCCAUCCCCUACCUUCCUUCCUAUUCUCUCACCCAACCAAAACCCAAGCCCAAUCCACCUAUCCCUUCCCUCACUCCGUGUCCAAGUCAAGUCAUCCCAACCACCCCACAACAACACCACACAUCAUCACCACCAUCCUCUUCCUAUCUUCCUCUCACACUCACCACCCUCCUCUCUCCAACCUCAUCGCAGCUGCCCGCGUCACACCACCUCUUCAAUCCCCACCGAACCCGACCGUCGCCCGCGAAAGGAAUCGGGUCUGAUUGGUAGCGCGUGUUCCAAUCGCGACCGAACGAAAGCAGCGGAAGGAAAAAAAACCCUCUUCUUCCCACCCUCACAACCAUUCCCAAUGGCAGCUGAAGACGC